UCUAUGUGUAGUUGUUUUCUUUUUGUUCCGAUCAGAUGUUGUUCUUUUACUACCUGAAGUAAUGAAGAAUUUCAGCAUUUAAUUCUAUGAACCGCUUUUGAAAGUAGUGGUGAAACACAGUGUGUUUACUAUAAAGCAAAAUGGCUGGCAAUUCCAAUUGGGAUAUGGACGAUUUAGACGGUGGACUGUCAACCGAUUUGUUCAACCUUUCUGGUCUAGGAAAUGACUUAACAGCUGAACCACAGGCUUACAAAAUGAGUGAUGUACUCAACUUACCAAUCUUCAAAGAUAGCAUAGAGAGUGUUUCCAAUCAUGAUGUGAAGCAAGAAGAAUCUAUGAUGUCAUGCAAUCAUUCCAAGAAAAGGGCAAAUAAUGGGGAUCUAUCAAGUGGCUGUGAGUUUUAUCAUGUGCUGUCUGCUCCAACUGCACCUGGGAAGAAAGUAGGAGAGGAUACAUUAACAUAUCUUAACCAAGGCCAGUCAUAUCUCAUCACCUUAAAAAGUUAUGGGGAUCUUUCGAGAUUUGAAAACAAUUUGAUCAAGAGCAUAGUCAAACUCACGUUUUAUGAAAGAAAGCUACAAAUUCAAGAAACUGAAAAGUUUGAAGAAUGGAGGAAUAAUCGACCUCUUGAAAGAAUUUUAGAAAUUGAUGUGCCCAUGUCUUCUGGUAUUCACAACAUUGUCAGUGAAGGGAAUCAAUCAAAUUCAUAUGCAUUUGAGUGGAAUUCAAAGAAUGAAACAAAAUUAUAUGUUAUUAUCAAUUGUGUCAGUUCUGAAUUUACAAAAGGCAAAAGUGGUGGCGAGAGUGGUGUACCUUUACAACUCCAAAUAGAAACUCAAAUACCAGACACAUCAUCAAACACUAGUCUAAUUCAUUGUUCUUCUUGUCAAGUUAAAGUAUUCAAGUCCAAAGGUGGCGAUAGGAAACAUAAGAAUGAGUUGCAGAAGUUGGAAAAUAAACCUCAUGAUGAAAUUGGGCAGUAUCAACUUUCAAAUGAUUUCACCGUUUUAAAAGAAAAAUCUGUGGUAAAGGAAUUGGAAGAAGAACCAUGGCAGAUCAGUCCAAAUAAGGGAUUGUCACCAAGGCCAGUUCCUGCUUCUGUGGUGUCGCCUACUUCAACAGGUUUACUAAGUCAAAAUCUAGACGCAUCGCCUCAAGACACAUCGAGCACCAUGGCAACAGAACUCACAUCAAAAUCAAGUGUAAAAGAAACAAGGGCGUGGCUGCAAGAGAAUCGCUUCUCGCAUUAUCUUCCGUUAUUCACAAAUUACACUGGUUCUGAUUUAUUAAGAUUAACAAGGCAUGACAUGAUCCAACUUCUUGGGCCUGCUGAUGGCAUUCGAUUACAUAACACAUUACAGUUGAGGGCAACAAGACCUUUGUUAACUAUCUAUAUCUGUCUGGAAUCUACACAGCAAGAUUCAGGAAUGAAAGAAUAUCACGCUAUGUAMCUUGAAGCAUUAGAUGUAGAACAUUUGAGAAAAAAGCUUGCCAAAAAAUGUAGUUUAUUAGAAAAUCAAAUUGUAGCAAUGUAUAGACAAGGACCCACUGGAAUAUAUAUACUUGUAGAUGAAGAGAUGAUAAGAAACUUUCAAGAUGAGUCUCAUUUUGUGGUUCAUCUCUUACAAGAGAGAGAUACUAGUACUUACAGACUCAUUUUGAAGUAGGAGAAAAAUUGUAAAUUAUAUAAUAAUUAAUAAAAUGCAAAAGUUUUUCACUGUAUGAAAAUGAUGUUUUUUGCUCAAUGAGUAAAAAUCUUCUUCACUUAAUUCAAUUGAGGAAAGUGCAUUGGACUUCCUCUACCUACUCCUGUAUGUCCUGUAUUUGCUCAUCUAGCAAAAGUCAUCAUUUAUAGAAUAAUUAUACAUCAAUAGCAAGAUAGUCAACUUUAGAUAUUUUGAUUCGAUGACUAUGUACAAAAGAACGCACACGAGACUCCGAGAAAACAAUGGAUAAUCUUGAUUUAUUCUUUUAUUUCCCCGGAGCCUCGUCUGCAAUUCGUUUGUACAUGGUCACUAAACCAAAAUAUCUUAAGUCGGCUAUUGGUAGCCUAGUGUAGCUUUGACCAUUUCAGAUCAUGAUUCUGCCAUUAAGGUUGCUAGGAUUCUUUAUUUUCCUCAGUUGAAAACUGUUGUAGCGCAUGUAUUAGGGGUGGACCAUCAAAAUGUUAGAGCUUGGAAGUAAUCCAGUUUCGAAUUCUCCAAUGCUCUGUGUUAGCCUCGUUACAUUUGUGCGCAAAAUAUUCCUAAUUGUGAGA